GCUCCUUCUCCUCGUACCCCCGCACUCCCCCACCCCCGCUUCCGCGACCACUCCCGCUCCCGCGCAUUGUUUGUGCAGAGACGCAUCUCGCGAUGAUUGCCAAAACAUUCGACGCCGUGCAGGAGCCUGUCGUCCUCCACGAGGACCUCAAGACGACCUUCACCGGAAUUGUACACCCCAUCUCGACCCCUGACGCCCCCGUCCACCAGUAUCGCGGCAUCAAAUACGCGUCUGUGCCCGCACGCUUCCGCCAGUCCAAGCUCUGCACCCACUACCCCCCACAGACGGACUGCUCCCGCUUUGGGCCAAUAUGCCCCCAGCCAAAAUUCAAGAGCAUCGAGGAGGAGCUCUUCAACCUCACCGAGGACUGCAUACCCGACCAGGCGCUCAAACAAUGUGAGUUUGAGUGCCUCAACAUGAACAUCACUUGCCCUGCGGACGCAACGCCCGCCUCGCACUAUCCCGUCAUGAUCUGGAUCCACGGGGGUGCGAACCGUGGCUCUGGGUCGAACUGGAUAACGGACGCCGGUCCGCUCGUCCAGAAGAGCAUCACCGCAGGCCUGCCCGUGGUGAUCGUCUCAAUAAACUACCGCCUGGGCCUCCUGGGCUUUGCGGCCAGCCCGGCCUUGCGCGACGACAACAAGUCAGCCGGCGACGAGGGUGUGGGCAACUACGGCCUCCGGGACCAGAGACGCGCGAUGGAGUGGGUGCACCGCUACAUCCAUGCGUUCGGCGGCAACCCGACGAACGUCACGCUCUUCGGCGAAUCCACGGGCGCGGGCGACAUCCUCUGCCACCUGCACUCUGCCGCCAACGAGGUUGCGCCGCUAUUCCACCGCACCAUCAUCCAGAGCGCCAUCGUCGAUAUGGAGGUGCCGAACGUGCACCAGACGGGCUGGCAGAUGUCGAAGCUCGUGGCGCCACUGCGCGUGCAGACGAUCGACGAGCUGCGCGCGGUCGAUCCCGAGAAACUGAUCACGCUUGCCCCUGCAUUCCGUGCGACUGACGACGGCGUGUUCUUCCGCAAGUCAUGGACAGGCUCGCUAGUCAACGUCGACGAGACAGCCCGCCAUCAGCACUCGGGCGACAGCGUUGUCGUCGAACUGAGCCACCACUCACAUCACUUAAAGGUCCCCCCACAUCUGGCACACGACAAGUCGCGCUCGCACUCGCGCACGCGGCAUCCCCAACCUGCCAGCCACCAGCCGACAAUAAUCGGCGACUGCGGCGCAGAAUCUCUGCUCUGGUCUCUGCCUGCCUCGCUCUGGACGGCCGCUGGCGCGGUGAAGCGGAUACGCGCGAUCUGCCAGUCGCUGAACAAGGCUAACGUGCUGCUGCGUCUGUACGACAUCAACGCGUACACGCCCGCGGACGAGCUGCCGGAACGCCUGCUGGAGCUCAUCAACGACACGCGUUUCGCGUGGCCGACGGACCUCAUCGCUGCGAGUCUGCGGGCGGAGCGCGGCGGGCACGGCGUCUGGCGGUACGUGUUCGACCAGGAGAGCCCGUCGCGUGGGCUGCCGCACCACGCGGUGGACCUGAUGUACAUCUUCGACAACGUGCCGCUCCCGAGCCUGCCCGUGCUCUCGCCGUACGACUGCACGGAGCCGCGCGCGGACGGGUUUUUCUUCACGCCCGACUCGGACGACGAGUGCGCGAUCGCGGCGAAGAAGGCGGCGCAGACGUGCGCGGUCGCGGACGACUCGGACUCGGAGGACGACGGGCCGGGGUACGACUACGACGCGGACUGGGCGAUGCCGGUCGUGGACGACUGGACGUACGCGCGCGUGCGGAACGGGAUCCAGGAGCGGUGGCUCGCGUUCGCGCACGGGCAGGCGCCGUGGCGCGCGGAGGGCGUGUACGUGUUCGGGCCCGAGGGCGAGGUCGGCGAGCGCAGCCUGAGCAUCUUCCAGGCGAGGCGGCGGGCGCGGGUGUGGCGGGAGGCGCUGGAGCCGCUCGGGAUGGAGGUCGUGCAGAAGCUCGGUGUCGAGCUGUGCAAUGGCCCGCCUGUCGACUCGCGCUCGUAUUAUUGAGUGAGCUCGCGCGCACCUUCUUUUCUCCUUGGGUUCUCGGAUGCUGCAUUUAUGGAUAAUCUUGCAAGGUCAAGCUGCGCACUCACAUCUGGCUAUGUAUCAGUAUUUUACCAUGUUGUUGUUGUUGUCCACUACGCUAGUAUACCAUGUCAUACAUACUCAAUCACACGCACCCCAAAUAGCUUCC